GCUGCGCGCAUUGGCCGACAGUAGCAUGGCUUCCACCAUUGCGCAGUACGGCCUCGCUAUGCUAAUCUCCAUAACUGUAUGGACCUUGGCGAAGGCCGUCUACAACAUAUAUCUCCAUCCCCUCUCCAAGUUUCCGGGACCGACACUUGCAGCAGCUACCAUAUGGUGGCAGAUAUGGUUCGAGGUUUUCAGAGGUGGAAGUUUGUCUCUGAGACUUCUUGAGUUGCAUGCUCAAUACGGUGAGAUUGUCAGAAUUGGACCGAAUGAGCUGCACUUUUCCAGGCCCUCGGUGUACCAUGAGAUCUAUACUGCGAAGAACAAAUGGAACAAGAAUCCCAACUUCUACAGGUACAUCCUUUCCGACACGGAGUCGACCUUCAGCACCUGUGAAUACGACAGGGCAAAGAAGCGCAGAGAGGUCACCUCGCCUCUCUUCUCUCGCAAGUCCAUUCUCAACAUGCAACAUGUCAUCCAAGAAUGCAUCGACUCCAUGUGCACAAAUAUCGACACGCAUGUUCGCGAGAAGAAGCCUAUCAACUUCCUCCGCGCGUUCCGGUGCUGUGCUCUCGACACAAUCACGUCGUUCUGCUUCGCGCGAAACGUCCAUGCGACGAGCGAGCCCGAGUUCCGCGCCCCUAUCGAGCACGCGAUGCACAUUGCGGUCCCACUGACGGCCGUGUUCAAGCACUUCCCGAUCAUCCAGAUAUUCAUGGCCCACCUCCCGCCUGACGUCGCGCUCAUGCUGAGCCCGGAGAUGAGCGGGUACAUCAACAUGCGCAAGAUGCUCGACGCCCAAGUGCACGAGAUACUGAGCAACCCGGACGCGCUCCGAAGCGUGGAGUACCAGACAAUCUACCAUGCCUUCCUCGAACAUGAGCCUGUCCCAUCUGUGGCCGAGCUCCGCGACGAGGCGCUUUUGUACGUGCACGCCGGCACAGACACGAGCAGCGACGCGCUCGCCGCAGGUACUCUCCACAUCCUCGACAAGCCGGAGCUGUAUGCGAAGCUGCGCGCAGAACUUGACAAGGCCUGGCCACGCCUCGAUGAGCGGCCGCAGUACGAGACUCUCGAGGCCCUGCCGUUCCUAACCGCGGUCGUGAAGGAGUCCCUGCGCUUCAGUCACGGCGUUGUGCACCCGAUGACGCGCGUCGUGCCCGACGGCGGCGCGGUCAUCUCGGGCGCGGCGAUCCCCGGCGGGACAAUCGUCGCGCAGAGCAACAUCUUCGUGCACUGGGACGAGGAGCUCUUCCCUGAGCCGAAAGUGUUCCGGCCCGAGCGCUGGCUCGAGGGUAAGACCAAGGAUGGCGAGUCGCUCGACAACUGGCUCGUCUCGUUCUCGAAGGGCCCAAGAAGCUGUCUUGGAAUCAACCUUGGAUACUGCGAGACAUACAUGACGUUCGCAAACCUCUUCCGCAGAUAUGAUCUACGCUUAGAGGGAGGAAUCAAGUCAUCGGAUUGGAAGUGGCGAGACUGCUACCUCCCGCAUUAUAUCGGGCCCGAGCUCAAAGUUUGGGCUACACCUCGUCUGUCUUAGUUUCCCGCCUGCACACAGCCUGCUUGCAGCGCAUACCCCUUGUAUACUCGCGUCAUGCUAUUGCUCGUUUUCAUUGCAGACUGACGGUGUGAGUAACCGAUCAGGGGCAAUCAACGGGGCUAGAAAGGAAGGGUUGCGAUUAAGAUCGCUUGCCUUCAUAGGAGACACCGUUAAUCUGUUCGGGGAGCUCUUAAGCAUGGCAGACCUUACUGACACAGCCGGCGACCGCGAGACGCUGAUACUGUUUACCUGCUUUGGCUUUGCAACGACGGCGUGGAGCUCUUGCUCUGAGACUCCAUUCCCGGAUCGUCAGGAUGUACUUC